AUGACGGCAACCGAAGCCAUGGAGAGGGCGACCGGGAGCGAGGUCAGAACCUCCUCCAGGUCCGAGGACGAAGCCCAGCCCCACGAUCAGCGUGCACCUCCUGCCGACAGCGCGCACAGGACCCCCAAGAAGCGGCGCAAAGUGAAUCAUGCUUGCCUCUACUGCCGCCGAUCUGAGAGGCCGUGUACAAGAUGCAUCAAGCGCAACAUUGGGCACCUGUGUCAUGACGAGCCGCGUGAUCAAGAGACUAGAAAGUCAAAGAGCCUGGCCCCAUCCACCGUACCGGACCCUGCACCACAACCCGAUCCGGGGCCUAGCAGCUCCAUCAACCAGAAUGCCGGCGCCAUGAAACCACCCUCGUUCGACUCGGCCAUGGGCAACGGGCCGGGACAGGCCGCGAAGGCCACCUUUGAUGCCACGACGCUAGCGAACCGGAGCAAUACGCCGCUCCAGCUCGUGCAACCCACGCCCGUGUCCGGCGGCAUAGCAGGCAGCGCCCUGGGCGCCAUGAGUCAGUUUCCCGGCUUUUCUGAUGCCUGGAUGGCUUCUCAGAACCCUUACCACGACAUGCACAACUUCCACUCCAACUCUGUGAUUGCGCCCGAGGUGACCAAUGAGUUCAACCUCUUGAAUGACUUUUUGCAGACCAGCCUGCUCGAUGCCACGGCGCUCUUGGGCGAUGACCAGAGCCAGCCCGAUGCGGGCUCGGCGUUUCCCAGCAGCACCGCCAUGCUCCCCCCGAGUGCCGUCCAGGGGAGCUCCGCGCCCGCGCCUAACGCUGAGAAGGGCAAGGGGAUAUCCAGGCCCGACAGCGCCCUCCCGGCGGACAAGACCCGCGCAUACUACCUCCAAGCGGCAGACCCGUCGGGCAACGCGCCAGAAGAGCGCAUGCGCAAGGUUCUGCAGGCCAAGUACGAGGCGGGACUGCUGAAACCGUUCAACUACAUCAAGGGGUAUACUCGCCUUGGGAGCUACCUCGAGGGCCAUGUUUCCGCGUCUUCGAAGCAAAAGAUCCUUAGACAACUCGAUCGCUUCCGACCCAAGUUCCGGGAGAAGAUCAAGGACUUGACCGAUAUGGAUUUAGUGCUGGUUGAAAUGUGGUUCGAGCGGACGCUCAUGGAUUACGACCGUGUGUUCGCCAGCAUGGCCGUCCCAGCGUGUUGUUGGAGGCGGACGGGGGAGAUCUUCAGGGGUAACAAGGAGAUGGCCGAGCUUGUCGGGGUACCAGUCGAGGACCUACGAGGAGGGAAAAUUGCCCUUCAUCAGAUAUUAACGGAAGAGUCGAACGUCAGGUAUUGGGAGGAGUUUGGCACCAUCGCAUUCGACGCGGCCCACGAUACGCUCCUUACAGCCUGCUCGCUCCAGAGCCCCACUGAUACAACGAAACCCGUCAUCAACUGCUGUUUCUCAUUUAGGAUCCGCAGAGAUGAUCACAAAAUGUCGAAAUUCACCACUUGCUGCAAUUUUCUUCUUUCUUCUACAUUUUGUCUACUAAUUUAUACGGACUACAUUCAAAACACCCCCAAAUUCUCUGCUUGUUUUCGAUUCCCAAUGCCACAAAACCUAACUACACUAUCGGGACACAACGACCAACUCGUGAUGCCUCCUACACGAACACCCAGACAGGCCUCGUCUCAAUCAACCAACAAAUCCGAAAGGCGAAUCGAAGCAGCAAUCGAAUGCGCAACCCGCCUCCGCAAGCUCCUCGCAAGCCCAGACCCCUCCGACACGCCCCUCACCGAGUCGCUCGUCGCUGACAUCGCCAAGCAUGUCGCCCACCUGCAUGUCUGCCAGCAGCAGCAGCAGCAGCAGCAGCAGCAGGCCUAUGUGCCGGGCGUGAGCGGCGACCCCGAGGUGGACGAGCUCGCGACGGGGCUGUGGAAUGUGUGCACUAGGCUGUGGAGGGGGUGCAGGGAGGGAGAAAAGGGGGGUGGGGGGGUGGGAGAAGAAGGGGGUGGGAGUGACCAGAAAGGGGAUGGGUCGGGGAGUGGUGGUGGGAAGGGGUCAAAGAUUGGGAGGUUGGGGAGGCUGUACCUGUAUGGGAGGGUGCUUGCGUUUCAUCUGCUGGGCGUGGCCAGGCCGAGGGAGAAUGGGCGGGUGGGUGUGGUGGUGAGGUUGAUGAAAUUGGGGCUGAAGGUUGUGAGGGAUUGUGUUGUCGAGUUGGCCGGCAAGGCGGUCCAGACCACGACGGACUACAAGGGGUGGCUGCAAAACAUGUCCAAAGACCUUCCCGAGGAAGAAUGCUGGGUAGAAAACCGACUCGAUGUUGCUGAGCACAUGUACACAAAGGCCGAACUCCUUCGCCGAUUCCUUACACCCGAGUAUACCGAGCGACUCGCGGACGUGUUGUACGAGAUCGGGAAAUCAGUCGCCGCCCGCGCCGACUUUGCGAUCGCGGUCAAGUGGUUCGAGCGGGCCAACGACAUAGUCAACGGCCAGGAACUGGAACAAUUAUCCCGCGAAGGCAUCGAGCUACGACUGGCAAUCCUCCAGGCGCUGGUGACUGCACUUCUCGGCGCCGGCACACCAGAGGGACUGGAUAAAGCGAGAAGCUACGUCGAAUUUAUCGAGGCGGAAGCCGGCAAUAAAUUUGUUGUUUCGCUACUCAAGCUCGAGCUACUUCAGAAAACGCCUACCGAGGUCUUUGACAGUGACGCCUACGGCGAUGUUCUGCGACAUAUUAUACGGAACUUCUCCUUCUCCGAUUCAGGGUUCAAGUUGAUCAUGCAUCAUAUUCGGAAACUGCAUGACAAGAGUCCUGGCGCUGGAUGUGCCGUGCUCGACGACUUCAUCGUAGCCCUGGGCAGCGCGGAAAACGAUGGGUGGGUAGAAAAGGCAGUAGUAACGCGCAUGUGGAUGAUCACGAACCAGCGAGACUCGGUCGAGGCAAUUAACGCUGUACAGGGCGUACUGAAGUGUCUGGCGAACCCCCUGAGUGCAGAAGCGGCCUUGCUCUGGAAGAAACUGGAAUCGAGUUACAGCCAGGGUCAAUAUGACCUGGCGGAGAGCUGGUGCCAGCUAUCGCUGCACGUUAUCUUCCAACACUGUGGCUCCGGUAACGUGUCUAAGCUGGAGAGAUUAGAUUCUGCUACCUCCAUCAUUCACAAAAUGUCCUCGCAAAGUUGGAAAGAGCCCAUGACAGCCUACCUCGCGUUCAAAGUGGCAAUCCGAGCUGAAGACCGCGCUCUUGCCGAAAAGUGUCUCGAAACUAUCGGCCAGGCACCAGACCAUGUCGACUAUCUCGGCGCCUGCAUAGCGGAAUCCCAGAAGGCCGGCGACAUAUUGUGCGCUAUUGCCGCUCUAAAGAAGCUCCAGGAAAAAUACGAGUACAAGGAGCCGAGUUCAAUACACCUUCCGGCUCUCUUCCGGUGCACCAUUCGUUUACUGAACUUGCUAGCAGAGCGACCGGGAGUGGAUAUGAAUGCCAUCGUGAAUGAUUUAUGUCAAGAAUUUGAUGAUGGUCAGAAUAUCACGGCGCUCCAGGCGAUGGCAGACAGUUUGCUAAGAGCGCAAGCUCCAGGGCAAGCUCUGUACUCGACCAUGCGCAAAAUAGUCAACGAGAUCUGGGAGCUUGAGAACUUCGACGCCGUCAAGUUGGCCAAGUACACGCGUUGCCUAUUCCAGGCCACCCUGCCAUUGGACGAUACCCUAGCGAUGCGGUUGCUAGACGAAGCAUGCGACAAGGCGAGAGAGUUGCGCGAGAGCCACGCAAAAUGGCCCGAGGAAGAACUCGAGUGGAUGGCGACGACCUCCUUCAACCACGCCAUCGACUGCUACAGUGCCCAUGAGUCUGACCGCGCCAAAGAGUGGGCGACUAAGGCGAUCAACCUUGCUCACUAUUGUGACGAUAAGCAGCUGGAGGAGAUCUUGCAGAACAAGUAUCUACGACUGAGCUUUGAUGGUGGAUCGGGAUAA